CGCAUUUUUACAAAUGCUCUGCGAUUUUAGGGGAAGGUGGGGUGGAUGCCCGCUUCCCUACAUCCCCCCGGGUCUCUGUGACUGCGCUCCUACUAGGGCAGCACCAGCACCUCUAGACCCGCUUCCUAGGGAGGAGCUCACGGAGGAGCAAGCCAAGAAGAGAGAGCGGGGGGGGGGCUGGGGGCUGGGAAGGAGGCUGGACAAGGAAGCGCCCAGGCGGGAAGAGGCCGAGGGAGGAAGGGACGUCGUCGCUGAGGUGAGAGGAGCAGAUCAGGGCGCUCGCCCGGCCUCCCCGUUUGCCUCUCGGGGCGCCUUUUCAACUUAACGCGCCGAAGUGGCGGUUGAGGAGGGAGCGGCGUUCCGUCUUGUUUACCGGUGGCCUAGGCAACCGCGGGGGCGCGCCCCCAACGCAUCCCUUCCCGGGAGCCGUUAACGGACAAACUAGCGGGGCCUUUUCAAAUUCCAACCGCCGUUUCUCCGCCGCCCUUAGCACCAAAGUCGUACCUCCACCGAGUGGUAUGUGAAAGAGAGAAAAGAUUUGUUGACGGGCAGCCUAGACUACUACGGGCCGCCUUCGCCGCCCUCCUCCUCCCGCGCACGCACCGACCUCGCCGAGGGAGAGCGAGGAGCCAUGGACGGAGCCGCGUUCGCCGAGAGGCGGCCGCCGUGCUUGGCCGCGGAUCCCCAGCCCGGCAGCAGGCGGUGGUAGUUAAUACCUGAAUUCAAAUGGAUCUGGAGAUUAAAGGAGUUGCUGCAUCUCCAAGAAAGCAAGCAGCCCUGUCCUCAAGGAACUACAAACUUGCUCAAGGAUGGAGGCCACAUACAAAAACAAAACAUGGCCCUCGACCAGCUGAAGUUCCGUGCCUUGAUCUGGGAAAGCUGGGAGAUUCAGAGGAUGAGGAUGGUGAUCCCUACAUUCCAUACAAUGGUGGACAGCCUCAUACUGGUCUACUACUUUCAUCUUCGAAUAUCAGCUGGGGUACUCCAUUACAGAGCCCUUAUGCACAGCAUUAUGAUAUUCAACAGACAGCAAGAAAAACAGAGCUGGAGAAAGCUGAGCUUUCUUUGUGGGAGCAAAGCAUUGUACCAGAAAAUUUGCCACCCCCAACAGAUAAAUACAAACUCAAGUAUCAGCAGUAUGAAGCAGAAAUGAAAGAGGGAUAUAAACAGUAUUCUCAAAGAGUUGCAGAAAAAAAAGCAAAGGAUGACCAACAACACAAACCUCCAGAAAGAAUGGCUGAGGAAAAGGAUUUACAGCCUGAAAACAAAACGUAUGAUGAGAAGGCCCUUCUGCAGCAAUGCUAUACAAGCAAACCCUACACAGUACAGCACAGCAUAAGAAAAUUGGAAGCUGAGGAUGUAGCAGAAGAAAGAAAAAAACAAACUGUAGUGGAACAAGUAAUGAUAGAUCAGUUAUCUAGAGCUGUGAUAAGUGAUCCAGAACAAAAUGGGAAUGCUACUUAUGAGAAGGAUCUUAUGCUUCCAGGAUUAAGGACAGCACCUCUACGCUUUAGAAAAAGAACAUUACAUGAAACAAGAAUAAGGACUAGGUCAUCAUUAACUGAAAAUGUGCUUUCCAACAAAUUACGCUUUGAUGGUAGAUUACUAUCAAGAAAUGGUCGUGAUGCUUGUCGAGAACUGAUUGGAUUUUUCUUUGCAUAUGACAAAUCUCUAACUGUAUACGAAUAUCGACAGUUUGGUAAAAAUAGAACAAAUGCUCUACCUUUCAUUCAGAAGGGAGUUUAUACUCAUCAGCGUGGACAGAGAAAAGGAAAGCAAUACUGUCUAAGUGAUGUCUAUGUUGGAGCAGACCUAACUUUUUUGAGUGUGCAACACCCUGCCCUUCCGGAAAGCAUUAAACAGAAACCGGUAUUUACAAUCCGUGUCACAAAUAUUGAUGAAACUGCUAGAGCUUUUCUAAAGAAUUUUGAUGUGGAAAAUGAGGAACAUUCUAUCAAACAAGAAGAUGAAGACAAUAUUAUUCUCCGGAAUGUUCAAGACAGGCUAAGAGAAAAACUAAGUAAAAGAGGAGUUCGUACAAUUACAAGAUUAGGAAAGUACUUCCGGGAGCUGGAAAAGAAACAGCAUGCAAUUCUUACAAAAGCGGACUUCGAACAAGCACUGAAAGUGUUUCAUUUAGACGUUUCUGAAAAGGAGUUUGAAUCUUUGUGGUUAAUGCUUAAUGACAACAGAAAUGAUGAAGUUGAUUAUGCUGAGUUUACUCGUGUCAUCCUUGGUGAAAUGAAUGAAUAUAGGAAAGCAUUUGUGAGAAAAGCUUAUAUGAAGCUGGAUUAUAACAAAACUGGCAGUGUUCCUAUGACAGAUAUCAUGAAAUGUUAUUGUGCUAUAAAACAUCCUCAAGUCGUAACAGGUGAUGCAACAGCAGAAGAAAUUAGAUCUUCAUUUCUAGAAACUCUGGAGGAUGCCUGCAGCAAUGCUAAUGAAGUGUCAUUCUGUGAGUUUGAGGACUAUUAUGAAGGAUUAAGUAUUGGAAUUUUGAAUGAUGAAGAUUUUGUUAACACAUUAAGGAACCCCUGGGGGAUUUAGUGUAAACAUCCAGGUGGGAAGCAGUACCAGAAUUUGAAACAUGUUAACUUCUUGCAUGAAAAUGUCUCAAAUUAGCCUGAAUAGUCUAAAGAUAUUUCAGUAAUUUUUUAGAUUGUUGUUUGUUCAUCUCUUUUGAACUUUACACUUUUACACUCUGAAUAUUCUUAAUAUGAAAGCUGUGUUUUGGUACAAAUUCAGAAUAUUUUCCUGCCUCUGAAAACUGUUAUUAAGACUACAUCCUAGAUAAGGAAACUGUGUUUUGUUGAAUCGGAACUGAGUAAAAGGAGAUAUGAGAGGAAGUUACAGGUUUGAUCAAUAUAGCUAAUUUUUUUAAGUGAUUGUAUGCCACCACUAUACAAUGACUACUUCUCAUAAGUCUCUAUAGAUUUAUAAGUACUUCAUAGCUGCCAAGUUAUCCCUUUUUUAAAGGGAUUUUCCCUUAUGCUGAAUAGGCUUCCUCGCGAGAAAAGGGAAAACUUGGCAGCUAUGAAGUACUUUUAAAAGGCUUAUUACCAGAAAGGCUGAUACUAUUGCAAUUCCCUACCUGUUUCUGACAGAUCACACUACAAAAUGUAUCAACAACUCUUUCAGUGAUUUUCCCAGGUGCUUCUUAUGUUUUUCCUUAAGUACAAAUCCAAUAGCAUGGAAAGUUAUAUGCAGAUGUGCUCUUACGACAUUUUAGAAGUUGUCCAUGGUAAGACUGACAUGCAUCUCAUAGAAGUAGCUACAUUUCUUGUUAACUGCAAAUUUUAUCUGAAAAGUGUGUUCUAAUUGAAGCAUUUUACUUUUGUAAAAUGACGUUUUGAAAACACAUUGAUUUCUUAGCUAUUUCUAGAACUCAUUGUACAUUUUACUUCUUGACCCACGUGCUUUCCUGACUGUGGUAGUGGUUGUUUAUAUUGACAGCACAUGACAACACCUACUGAAGAUUUGUUUUAUUGUGAUUACUGGAAAUGGUUGUAAUUUUAUAUGAUCUCAUCUGUUACGUUUUAACUGAGUUGUAUACCACUUUGAGAUUACACACAUACAUACAUACAUACAUACAUACAUACAUACAUACAUACAUACAGGUUAUAAAAAUACUUAUAAACAAAUAAAUAAAUAAAUAAAUGCCUUGGUUGACGGGUAUAUGGUUUGCAUAUAUUCUAUUGUUAUGAUCUGCCAUUAUUUUGUUGGGUGUUGGUUUGCUUUUACUAAAAAGGUAGAGAACAGCUUAUUUGAUCUUAAUGCACACAUUUUUUUACUCAUCCCACUAAUAUUAUGUCUUAAAUUGUGCCUUUGAAAUACAGAUUAUAUUGAUGCUGAAGAGAUUUAUUAUUUUUAUGCAGUAAAAAACCUUGGCAAGCUUGUUAUGUGAAAUAUUCAAUUUAAUGUUAGAGACUUUUCAUAACAAAAUUUCAUUUUUAAUUAUGUAGUAUUAAACUAUGGAUGUUUACUAUG